AGGUCAGCCUCACCAGCACAGACAUGAGCCAAGGAGCACUGGGACCACCCUGGGAUUGGGUGUCUGCUGUGUGCUGGGUGUGAAUUUUGUUUUUUCACGCUUCCAGCUUAAACUAUAUCAGACUGGUUGGUAUAGCAGACUCUUAGGAAAGGGCCUCUUCUGGGCAGAUCGGGAAGGUUUCCAGUCAGAGCUGGAAGGGUUCCUGGGUUUUCCAGCCUGUUACAGUAGAUAAGGGGCACUCACCUCUCCUUGCUGCUCUGUCUCCGCCCAUGGCUUUGGUGUUGCACAAAUUAAGGUCAAUAACUCGUGCUGCGCAUGGUCCACACAUCCGUACUUGCCUGUCUGACCAUGAGGAACAGAAGCUGGUGGCCCAAGAGGGAGGAGGCACCUCCAUACGGGAACAGCGGUAGUUCUGGCCCUAAAAACAAACAGCUCACGUUCUGGUGGAGCCAAGAAGAGGAAGGUACAAAGAGCAGCAACGUGACUCCAGCCCAGUGCCUGUGACUUGGAGCGAAUGCUUGUGCUGCCGUGGCCUUGGGAGCAGAGGCAGCUUUCUUGCUGGCAGUGGGGCAGAGGAGAGAGUGCGUCAGAGGGCUUGGUAGUGAGCAGCGGCUAUCCAGACCCACAGCCCAGGGCAUUCCCUGCCUGGACAGGACGCUGGGCACCACUUCUGUCACUCAGCACCAGAAAAGGUGGAUCCAGGCUGUGGAAAAAAGCCAAGAGGCUGGGGAACUGCAAAUACUGCCUUAGAGCAAAGAGGAGAUACAAGCCAUCGUGGGAAAAUACGAGAUAACUGAGGAUUGAAAGGCACCUUCAGAGUCCGUGCAGAGGCAGAAAGAGCAGCAUGGGAGGGCUUCGUGUCCGCUCCGUUCUGGUGACUGGAGCCAACCGAGGAAUCGGCCUGGGGUUAGUCCAGCACCUGCUGGGGCUGCCAAACCCACCCGAGUGGGUCUUUGCAGCCUGCCGGGACCCCAAGGGACAGCGAGCACAGGAGCUGCAGAACUUGGCUUCCAAGCACCCCAACCUGGUCAUCGUCCCACUCGAAGUCACCGAGCCCGCCAGCAUCAAGGCGGCUGCAGCCAGUGUCGGGGAGCGCCUCAAGAACUCAGGUCUCAACCUCCUCAUCAACAAUGCCGGAAUUUCACACUAUAAAUCAUUUGACAGUAACACACAGGAGGACAUGGCCCAGGUGUACGCCACCAACACCAUUGGGCCCCUGCUGCUGAGCCAGGCGUUCCUGCCCCUGCUGAAGAAGGCUGCCCAGGGGAGCCCGGGCUCAGGGCUGAGCUGCAGCAAGGCAGCCAUCAUCAACAUGUCCAGCUAUGCUGGCUCCAUUCAGGACGUCUAUUUGUGGGAGUACGGACAAGCUAUUUCAUAUCGCUGCAGCAAGGCUGCUCUGAACAUGCUCACCAAGUGCCAGUCCUUGAGCUACCGGGAACACGGCAUCCUCUGUGCUGCUUUCCAUCCUGGCUGGGUACAGACGGACAUGGGGAGCUCAGCUGAAAUGAAGCCCCCCGUGACAGUAGAUGAGAGCGUAGGAGGGAUGCUGAAGGUGAUGUCCUCCCUCUCUGAGAAGGACACCGGGACCUUCCUGGACUGGGAAGGGAAAGUUCUGCCCUGGUGAGAUGCUGGCCCAGCCUCAUGCCCGGAUCCUGGCAGCAGCCCCUCUGCUGCUGCCCGACCUUCACAACAUCCUCAAUAAACCUUUGUCUGAAAGCAGCA